AUGGGAGGUGUGUUCGCUAAACUUUUCUCUGGUCUUUUUGGCAAGAAAGAGAUGAGAAUUCUCAUGGUUGGUCUUGAUGCUGCCGGGAAAACGACGAUUCUUUACAAGUUGAAGCUUGGUGAAAUUGUCACUACCAUUCCAACAAUUGGUAAGCUCUUCUGCUCUCCGUUUUUUAGACACCAUGUAGUUUUAUCGUAUUUAUUUUAUCUACUACUCUGUGUCAGUAACGUAACAGCGUUCAAAAUUUUUGUUUUCAGGUUUCAACGUAGAAACAGUUGAAUACAAGAACAUUAGUUUUACUGUAUGGGAUGUCGGAGGCCAAGACAAAAUCAGGCCGCUUUGGCGACACUACUUCCAAAACACCCAAGGUAUAUUUUCCGAAUUGCUUUCGUAAUGUUGUAUAGUAACUUUUAUUUCUUCUUCUUCUUCUACAGCUUUACCUCGUAGAGUGCUUAAACUGUAUUCAUAACUUGUUCUAUAGGUCUAAUCUUUGUCGUGGAUAGCAAUGAUCGAGAGCGGGCCACUGAGGCGAAAGACGAAUUGGUGAAGAUGUUGAGUGAAGACGAACUCAGGGAUGCGGUUGUCCUUGUUUUUGCAAAUAAACAGGUGAAUAACAAGUCAAAGCUACAAAAAUGGUGUAAAACCUUGUUUUUUUGGUAGCUCGUGUCGAAAAAUUUGUUUUUAACUUAAUUUCAUACCAAUAUAAUUAUACGACACAAGUCGGUUACAAGCAAACUUGCUGCACAGGUUUACCAUCCUCUGUAGACCCUUGUAGGGACCUUAAGAUACACAGUUUCUACCUAAGGGUACGAGUAGACGAACAUGUUUGCCAUGUUGUUAUACAAAAGGAGACCAUGAUUUCCCAGAUGUGAUAACAGCAUCACCUUUCUACCCGGAUGCCUAAUUGUUUCUCUGGGAUAAGAGGCAGUCUACCUACAUUAAUGGCUACUCGUACCCAUGCCCGUACACAGAAAUGAUGUAUCUUAAGGUCCCUAAUGAUAGACCUACAGAUUCACGACGGGGAUGAGAUUUAACUUAAACUUUCAUCACAUAUUCUGAAAAUAUAUCCCCAGGAAGCUGCAUAAAUUGUGCUCUUUUUUUUACCAGAAAAGUUCACACAGUCAUUUUUAUUGAAGGAGGUUAAGCCCUCUCCCAACUGCAAAUUGAGAAACCUUUUAAAAGUUUCGCUAACAUGGCUAUCAUGUUUUUCCACCAAAAUGACGCUGGCUCAUGCACGCACACUACUUAGUAUUAAGAAAAUCUUGCUCUUGUAUUAAUUUGUCCUCAUCUUAGAAUGUGAAGGUCUCAAAAAGAUUCCAUGUUGCUGUGCUUCUGUUCAGUAACAGCGCAGAUGAUGUCAAUUUGUGUAAAGUAGUCUGAAAGUGGCGCACCAGCCAUGUGCAAGAGAUUGUGUCACUGAUACUCUUGCCACGACUACUUUGUUCUGUUAGGCUGAUUUAGCAACAGAACAGGAACGUCAGUUGAUGACGGCACGUGCAAAUCAGACAACUGGCUUGACCAAUGGCAGAGCGGCAAAUUGAGCACUAGAAGUCAUGUUUAGUCCUUUCCGCGAGCUUUCCAGUUGUCAACUGAUGUUCCUGUCCUGUUGCUAAAUCAGCCUAUUACUGAACAGAAGCACAGUAACAUGGCAUCUAUUUGUUUUAUACAAUGCACAGAAAAGAAAACAUGUGACAAACGUGCUGAAUUUUAAGCCUGGUCUAAACAUGAGAUGAUUUAGUGGUAUUUUAUUACCCUGAAAUAGUAUUGACCGUGGGAAAGUUGCUUACUUUACUUGAAUUGAGCAAUUUUUUUACGAAUUACGCGACUUUCCUUAAUGUGUUUGAUGUCUUUAAGAUAUUGCAUUCACUUCUACAAAAGUAACAAAGGCGAGCCUAUGGAUGGAAACUUAAAAUAAAUAUAUAUAAGUAAGACGUCUGUAGUUUGAAAGAAUAAUACAAUUUGAAAAUGCAAAGCAGUUAUGCAAAACUUGUCAAUUGAAUCGAUCAAAACAUUGAUGACAGUAACUUCUGAGGAUGUGUGUUUUUCAGGAUCCCCCUCCUAUUUGGUUUCCAGAGCCAUUAAACUCCCUCUCUUAUUGGAUUUUCCACCAUUCCUUCUGUUGGGGGAGUGUGGAUUUUUUCUGGAUAUAACCCAUUUUACAAAAAAUGAAAUUUGGGGAUUUUAUUGAAUUUUGACUUCAGUUGACUGUUCUGCGGGUAAGAGGCCAGGGUUUCUACAGUGUAGGUGGUGUCAUUCGAUCUUUUUUAUACAGCAUGUCAUUAUGUUUUCAGGAUUUGCCGAAUGCCAUGAAUGCUGCUGAAGUAACUGAUAAGCUAGGCCUGCACAGCUUACGUAAUCGUCAAUGGUACAUUCAAGCAACUUGUGCAACAAGUGGUGAUGGUUUAUAUGAAGGACUCGAUUGGCUUUCCACUCAACUGAAAAAUAGGAAGUAAUGUAGGUUUUCUAACAUUUGCAGUGUCUAACCUUCUUUGUGGGAAAAACGGAGAAAUCCUACAAAAGAAUUCCUUUGAGUUUGUGAUGCAGCAGGUUCAUAUACUUGUAGUAGUAUUAAGCUAAAGUUUUCAAAUUGAUAAAACUCCUUUGGCAUUUCUGACUGACCAGAGGCAUUUUAAUGCAUAAAAUGCAGUCUUAAAUUUUUAAAAAUGAAAGAAUGUUCCUAUUCUUUAGGAAAUGUUGUUGAACAUCAGGGACUUAAAACAUAAACUUGGGCAAUUUUGACCGAGAUUUUUUAGGUGACAUCAACCUCGUUCCCAGGGGGUUCUCUUCAUAUAUCCAUCCCCACGGAGUGAGAGAAUAUGGUAGAGGUGGGCAAGAACCCUGGGAAAGAGGUUGUAGCGACAUUACCCCAGUGGUGACUAGUCACCUCUACCAUGUUACACCAAAUUUUUGCAGUCCUGUGUUUAAUUUUGUGAAUGGAGAUAUUUUGUAUUUUGUAAGACCAAAUUUUUGCAAUAUUAUUGUGAAAUACUGGUUUUUCAGUUGAGAAUGUAUUGUUUGAUUUACUGGAAUUACAACACUUGGGUUUUGUUUAUAAACUACAUGUGCCCACAUUACAAGUGUCCCCUCAUGCAGAGAUGUAUCUUGACAAAACAGCUGACAUUUCACGAUGCCAUCACUGGUUGCCCUGUGAAAUGACCUCUGAGCAAUGACUGCAAAAAUUCCCAUACAGGUCUGGGUAUUGCUUCCGAUCGUUUAAAGUGAAUUUCUCUUGUGACACGACCAAUCAGAAGCCCUACCCAGAUCUGGGUAGUGACCCGUCAUCAGUAUGGAAUUUCUACAGUGGUUGCUGAGAUGUCAUUUCGCGGGGAAACCAGUGGUGGCAUCACAAAAUGACAGCUGUUUUCUCGUGCUAGCAGAGAUGUAAAACAUUUUAAUCAUUAGUAUCACUCUAUCAUAGUAACAUCUUUUACAGCCUAUACUGUGACUGAUGAUUGCUCCUGCAAUCGAUCAGCAACAUUGUAACCUGAUGCACCAUGAUCUUGCGAGUUAAUUUAAUUAAUUUUCUUUUUCACACUGGUAUUCUGCUUAAGUGCAGAAAAUUUGUAGAUUGUGAGAAAAAAAUGCAAAACUUGCAAAAAUUAGAACCUGCAAAAAUUUAGUGACACUUGAUAGGUCAGAUUAUGAGUAAUUUGAAACUGGUGUAAUUUUCAUUGUUUUAGUAAUUAUAUUUAAAUAAUUUGCGCAUAGUGAUAUUUGACCCAAAAUUGUUUUCAUGCCUGCAAAACACAGACUGAGGUCAUUUGAAUACAUAGUAUAGUUUUGCAGAAGUCAAUAGGAAAAUACUGUAAGGUGUCUUCUGCCUUUUUUGUCUCUGCCUAAGCAUAACAGCCCCUAUUUGUUUUGAGUAUGUUUUUUGCUGUUUAUGAAACAUUAUUAUUUUUGCUUGAAGAGUUUACAGAACCUAGUACAUAGUCUUGUUGUUCAGUUCAUAAUACAACACAGUCAAACUAGCUUGUAGUAAUAUCAAUAAUUUGCCAGUAAAAUAAAAAUAAAGAAACACUGACGGUCUUAUUGCGAAAAGCGCUUUGAAAUGAUAUAAACAUUUCAAGGUUGUUUAUACUGUGUGCCUUAGCAUGGGACUGGGCUCCAAAGUCGGGGGAAAAGGCAAAACCACACUUCUUGGUUCGCUCAUGGAUUUUUGCUGUCUCACCCCAUUUUUUGCCUUUCCCCAACCACAGAGCCUGAUCCACGUAACUAACUGAAGUACAAAUUUGG